GAGCUUUUCCCAGCCGAAAAUUGUACUUGCUUCCUUUUAAAUAGAUAAUUCCCACUAUCCUAAAGCAAAAGACAGAAGACGUUUGGGAUCAAAAGCCAGUGGAUCCUAUACUGAGGAGACCAUGUAUAACCUGAGCUGUUACAACCCCAGUUCCUUUAUCCUUAUGGGAAUACCUGGCCUGGAGAAAUUCCACAUAUGGAUUGGGAUUCCCUUUUGUAUCAUCUAUGCUGUGGCUAUUGUGGGCAAUUGCAUCCUACUCUACCUCAUUGCUGUUGAGCACAGCCUCCAUGAACCAAUGUUCUUCUUCCUGUCUAUGCUGGCUACCACAGACCUUGUUUUGUCCACUGCCACAGUGCCCAAACUGCUCAGUAACCUCUGGCUUGGCUCCCAGGAAAUAACCUUCUCUGGUUGUCUCACCCAGAUGUUCUUCCUCCACUUCAGCUUUGUGGUGGACUCAGCCAUUCUGUUGGUCAUGGCAUUUGAUCGCUAUGUGGCCAUCUGCUUCCCCUUGAGAUAUACUGCCAUCCUGACUCCGCAGGUGAUCAUCAAGCUUGUGGUGAGCAUUGUUGUGAGGAGCUUCUCUGUUAUCCUGCCAGAUGUUUUUCUGCUAAAACGCUUACCCUUCUGCAGGACACGUAUCAUCCCACACACAUACUGUGAACAUAUAGGGGUUGCUCGACUUUCCUCUGCUGACAUAUCCAUCAACAUCUGGUAUGGAUUUGCUGUGCCUCUCAUGACUGUCAUCUCAGAUGUGAUCUUUAUUGCUAUUUCCUAUACUUUAAUCCUCCGUGCUGUCUUUCACCUCUCCUCCCAGGGUGCCCGCCAAAAGGCCCUCAGCACCUGCGGCUCUCAUGUCUGUGUUAUCCUCAUGUUUUAUACACCUGCCUUCUUUUCCAUCCUUGCUCAUCGCUUUGGGCACAGUGUCCCUCGAAACAUGCUAAUCCUACUUGCCAAUCUCUAUGUGGCAGUUCCUCCUGCUCUCAAUCCUGUUGUUUAUGGAGUGAAGACCAAGCAGAUUCAGGACAAAUUUAUUCUCCUUUUUUCUUUGAAGAAAACAUGAGUGGGGAGGGCCACUGAAGGAGAAAUUUAGGUAACAUUGAUUAGAUGAAAUUUUAUAUAACACAGGAAGGCAUAAAAAUAAAGCUGUAAUUCCUAUUAAUUUGAUAUUUUAGAGUUUUACCCAUGUGAAAAAUAGAAACCGAAGAGAGGAGAAAGAAAAUCUUUGAGACUUAUAGAAAAUCAAGGGUUUUCUUGGUUUAGUUUUAUUUCCAUUUAUAUGAAGAAGGAUGGUGGGUAUAGAAGACUAAGGUUCACAUUUUUCUUACUGCUGAUUUUGAGAUAUUUCCUAACAUGCAAUUCAUCCUUGUGUUUCUCAGUUUCUGAGUUAAAUGAAAAUAGUCUUUUCUUUUAAGUAGUUAUAAGUUCUCUGUACUACACCUAUCAAACUUACUCCUUCACACUUCGGUCCUGAUUCUAACAUUAUUAAUUUCUUCUUCUGCAUCCUUUACUUGGUUACUUGUUUCCUACCCAGUUCUGAUUACAUAGAGUUGAUUAUCUUUUGUAUCUAUUUUCAAUUGCAUCUCCAAAGAAAGUUUUACUAUCUUUGGUUUGUAUUUUAUGAGUAUUAAUAUUUUUAUUAAAAUAAUUAUGAAAAGGCAAUAUUAGUUCAUUCAUUUCACAGAUGUGAAAACUGUGACUUAAAAGAUUACUGAAAGACAGGUAGUAGAUGCAGGAUCUAAAACUACUUCUGUCUAAUUCUGAAUUCUUCAUCCAAUUGCUUUUUAGAUAUCUACUCACUUCAUGGCUCAUAAAAGUUUCAAAUGUAAUUACUCUAACACUAACCUAAAAACUCGCUAACUUCCUCUAUUAAAAAGUGCUCUUCUUUUUGCAUCUUUUUUUGUUGUUCAAUUACAGUUGUCUCCAUCCCCCCAUUACUCAUUCCUGCCCUGCUCACCCCUCACCUUCCAUAUUCAAUCCUCCAGAGGCCUAGACACAUAUGAAAGGAUACUCAGCAUCACUAGCCAUCAGAAAAAUGCAAAUUAAAGCCACGAGAUACCACUUCAUAUCAGUAAGA